GGGGACCGGGGGUCGGGGGCACAGGAGCCGAUCUGCAGAGGCAUAUUCGAGAUCGGGAAGAGGAGCUUCGACCUCGUACUGACAGCCCAGAGGGUGACCUGGAGCAUCAUCCAACCAGAGACCCCCACAGGUGACACUUCUCAGUGUAAGGAAGAGUUUGUGGAGCUGAAAGACGUGUUUGCCGUUAAGCUGAAACGUCGACGAUCUGUGGGGCAACAAAAGGGAGGAACUCUAUUAGGAAUCACCAUCUUCGUGUGUAUGAACAAGGGACAAAAUAAAUUCAAAGAACAUGCUAUCCAUCUGAGCAACUUAAGCGAAGAUCACUGCAACAUUUGGUUUAAACAUUUGAAAGAUAUUCUGAAUGGUUUUCCAAAUAGGCCUAAGUCUCUGAAAGUGAUCGUCAACCCACAUAGUCACAAAAAAGAAGCCAAACAGAUCUACGAUGAACAAGUUGCACCUCUUUUCAAGCUGGCUGACAUCAAGACUGACAUCACCAUUACAGAGUAUCAAGGGCACGCUUUUUCAGUUCUCAAAGAGUGUGAGCUGCAAGAAUUUGAUGGAGUGGUCUGUGUGGGUGGUGAUGGCACAGCAAGUGAAGUGGUCCAUGGUGUGCUCCUUCGAGCCCAGAUGGAUGCAGGGAGAGACACAGAUUCCAACUUCACGCCUGUCAGAGCACCACUUCCUCUCGGCAUAAUACCAGCAGGUUCCACUAAUGUCAUAGCAUUUUCAGUCCACGGAAUUAAGCAUCCAGUAACUGCAGCAAUGCACAUCAUUAUGGGCCACCACCAGGCGGUAGAUGCUUGCACUUUCCACAGUCACAACGGGCUUCUCCGCUUCGGUUUCUCUGCCAUGUUUGGCUUCGGUGGGAGAACCCUGGCUUUAGCAGAAAAGCAUCGUUGGAUGCCUCCAAACCAACGGAGGGACUUUGCCAUCAUCAAAACACUGACAAAUCUGAAGCCUGAAGACUGCGAAUUAUCCUUCCUGCCAUUGCAAAAUUCCCAAUUUGUAGCAGAGGAAGGCAAAAGAAAUGAAAAUAAAAGGGAUUCUUUCGCACAAAUCUGUGAAGAUGAGCAGUGGCAGAGUAUGCAGGGACAUUUUCUUAAUGUCAGCAUUAUGGCCAUUCCUUGCCUUUGUUCCGUGGCACCAAGAGGCCUAGCACCUAAUACCAGGUUGGAUAACGGAAGCAUGGUGCUUACUGCUGUCCGAAACACCUCUCGAGCAGAUUUUAUAAAACACCUAAAACGAUACGGUAACCUAAAAAAUCAGUUUAACUUUCCCUUCGUGGAGUUGUACACAGUGCAGGAAGUUAAAAUUCGUUCAAGAACCAAAAGUGGAUGGGCCGAAGAUACAUACGAGGAAAAUGCGGAUUUCCAUUCACACCAUUCUUCUGUGAUCUCUUUGGAGGGAAGUUGCCCUUGGAAUAUUGAUGGAGAUUUAAUGGACGAAGCCUCAGAAGUUCACAUCAAGGUCCAUCCACAACUGAUCACUCUGUAUGGGGGGAUUUUUGAGGAAUGUGAUGAUUCAACAGUGAAAUGCAGCUGCCUAUAGCAUUGACCACAGCA